UUAAAGGGAGCUGAGGGAAGCCGGGAGGGGAGCUGAAGAGAAAUCCCAGAGCAGGAGAGAGGGAGCAGAGGAAGCAACUAGACAGGGACAAGUCCUACAAGUGGUAUACAGUGGGAUUUGGGUCCAAGGCAAGCAUGACCUCUGAGCUGACCCGCCGACCUCUGCACCCUCGGCUCCUGAGUUGCCUGGUGUUCCUUGCUUUCCUCUCCAGUACUUCCACACUCAGCCUGGACUUUGCGGAACAUCGGAAUAAAGCAGCCAAGACCAAAAUCCACCCCAGAGGUAACCUCUGGGCCACAGGUCACUUCAUGGGCAGGAAGAGUGUGGAGCCCCUGGCCUUCUCUUCUCCUGGGACAGCCUCCCACACCACCUUGGAGGAAAUGAAAGAUCGGCUGAGUCAUGAGUUGGUUAGGAUCCUCCGGCUGAAGAAAUCCCUGGGCAUGAGCCAAGGGGGCCCUGCAGUGAGUGCCCAGGACCUAUGGAUGCUGGUUCAGCAGCUGGAGAAGUAGUCAGGUCACUGGCAGCUACGGCUCAGACUGUACAGACCAAGCAGCUGCCUGGAGUUCAGAGCAUGGCCAUCAGGAGGUACUGCCACAGUCUGAUGAAGAGUAAUUUCAGUCCCUUGUUGCUACAUCAUUUCUAUAAUCUUUGAUUGAGGUCACUCACUGUUAAUGCUGUUCUUCAAGACACGAAUGAUGUAUCUUCUGUAUAUUUUUUUUCUGCAUCCCUGCUGAGGUUGUGAAUAAAACCUUAUUCUUUGCACAGAA